CUGAGGGAGGGACGGGAUCGCCAGGGCUGGAAGGAAGGAAGGGAGCUCUGGAGCGGACGACCCGGGAACGCCUCCAGCGUCAGAGGGUGAUGUGCAGGGAAUUGGUGUGUCCUCCUGGCCAAGCUGUGUGGGCUCACGUCACUCCUCCAUCAUCAGCAAAGGCACCAGGUUUGCCAAGCCUCAGCUUGUCACUGUCACCUGAGCCCUGGAAGAACUAAGGGGAGAUCCUCAAGGUCUCUGGUGCUGCCUUGAUCGCUGGUGGUGGGUGAAGUGAGCGGCAAGGCCUUUCAGCAAGCAGCCAAGGAAGAAGUGCUUGCAGUCAAGGACCCAGGUGAGGAAGAUUGCCAGGGAGAGGGACAAGGCGAGGCUGGACUUGGAGAAGGCGGAGAGACGCUGCCUGCAUCUUGGCAGGGAGCUGGACGAGCAGUACGUCGCUCUCAAGCACACCCAGAGCAAGCUCAAGUAGGAAGGGUCUUUUUGGUGGGGCUGGGAAGAUGUGCCUACAGCCUCUCCCUCCCAUCCCAGUCUCCCUGUUAAAUCUCCCACUUGUUUUGUCAACAUGCUAGUGGCAGAAAAAUCCCUGAAGACCUUCCCCCACUAUGGUUUCAGCAUCCUUCCAACCGAGUUCUCAUCUCCUGCUUUGUGCGUGGUGAGGGAGGGUGUCUGCACCUCGUGACCAUCUGAGAACAAGUUCCAGGUGCCCCAACCAUGUUGCUUUCUUCCCCCAGGGAUUUUCAGGCAGAAAUAGAAGCAAAAGAGCUGCUUUUGCAGCAAGCAGUCAGUCACCAGGCAAAGCUGGAGGCUGAUACACAGUUCCUCCAGGGCAAAGAGGCCAGUCUGCGAGGGAGACUGAACCACGUGAUGAAGCAGAACACAGAGCUGCAAAACAAGGUCAGAGAGAUGACUGAGAAACUGUCAGCCUCUGAGGAACUGGUGUUGGAGCUGCAGAAAGAACUUAACCACAUUGUGAAGGAAAAGCUGGGCCAGGUGGAGCCCCACAGCCCAGAGUUCCUGAGCCAGAGUGAACGCUUCGCCGAGAUUGUCCUGGAGUACGAGCGGCAGUGCCAGGUGCUGUAUGACCAGAACAGGGCGCUGCGGAGGGAGCUGCAAAGGCUGCGUCUCCAGCUCCAGGAGAGCAGGGCUGAGACAGGGCUGCCAGCAAGAGGCCUGUCCUUACAGGGCUCCUUUCUGCCAGAAAGCCCCUCUCCAAGUCUUCUUGUUCCUGCUUCUGCACAUACAGAGAUGUCACUCCCAGUGGAGCAGCUCCAAGAGCAGCUGCAGGACCUGAAGGUGCAGCUGGAAACCAAGAGCAAGAAGAGCAAAGAGGAGAUCUCCCACCCAAAUGUCGAGGUGCAUGGCUGUGAACUCACUGGGCACAAGGCUGGUCACAGUGGUGGCCCUGGCAGUGUCCAACUGCAGAGCCAGAGGCUUGCAGAAGCCGAGUGGACACGAGGAACAGAGGAGGCUGCAAGGCUGGAACACCACCAGAAGCAUGCAGCAUGUUGGAUGGAGAUGGAGCUGCUCCAACAGCAGCUCAAGGCCUCGCAGGAGAAGCUUUUAGAAGCCAAAGCAAGCCUGAGCCUGGCCCAGACCCAGCACGCUCUGCAGUUGCAGCAGGCCAAGGCCCAGAUAAACAACAUGGUGUCAAAGCAGCAGUUUGAGCAGCUGCAAACCACCUUGAGAGAGGAACAGUGCAAGACUCAGCAGCUCCAGGAAAGCCUCCACCAGCAGGCUGAGCAAACACGCAGGCAGCUGGUCAGGACCCAGGUGGAACACGAGCACCUGCUGCAGGCAGCUGUGGAGCAGGCAGAGGGGCUGGAACACAGCCUGAGGAGCGCUGAGGCUGUGCUGGCAGAGAGGGCAGCUCGGCUCAGAGACGCCCAGGCCCAACUCUCCAGGAACAAACUGUUGAUCGAAGACCUCCGUGGGGAGAACAGGGGGUUUGCAGUGGCCCUGCAGGCUGCUGAACUGCAGCAGAAGAGCAUGAAGGAGAAGAACCAGCUGUUGGAGGAGCAAGCCUCAGCUCUGAAGCAGCUUAUCGGAAAAAUCACCCCAGCAUCUCUGAGUGGGUGAUGGGACACCUUCAGUGGCAGUCCUGCCCUUGGUCCUGGCUGGCUGGGGUUGGUCAGGUGCAGAAGGGGAGGUUUGGCUGGGUUGGGAAAUCAGCCUUGUCCUCUCUGGUCUUGUCAAGGUGUUCUUGCAUAGAAAAUAAGAUAAUAGAGAGCCCAGAUCUUUAAAGAAGUUUGUCCUGUGGAUAGCUGAAUUUUCCAACUGAAAGCUCCAGCUUUGCCGCAUUUCUCAGUGGUAGAGUGUGCUGUUAUAAGUCAGAUCUGUCUCGGGGCAGCCAUCCCACAGGAUUUUCUUAAACUCCAGCAGUGUUUGGUGGUGAUGCAGAUGCUCCCUUUCUGUGGAGGGUUGAUGUUCAGGCCACACUGUUAUGGCUGGAAAGCCAGGGCAGAAGGGCUUGCAUGUUCCUGUGUCUGGCUCACUGUGAUCAGGAAAGCUUUGUGGUGGCAUUAAAAUGUUUGUAAUAUUACAGCACUUCCUGCCAUCUCCAGUCUGCUCUGUAUUUCAGUAACCUUCCUCAGCUGUUGCUGAACUUUCAUUCCCUACAGCUCCUCUUGGGCUCUAGCAGACUGGUCCACCCAAAGCCUGAGCCUAGGAUCCAAAACCAACCAGACUGUUGCCUCUGCAGUGAGUGGGACAGAGCGUAGAGCCUUCUUUCAGUUUGAGCCUCCAAGGCUUGGGGCUUGAUGAGUGUUGAUGACCCCUACUCAGCACACUUCGGAGGAGACAGGAGACAUGGUAAGUGAACUGUGUCCUCUUGCCUUCCUUGGUGGCCUUUACAAACUGACAGGUAGUACUACUGCCAAAGUAAGUUGUCUAAAAGGCCAAGUAUUCACAUCAGCAAAUACCAAAUUUAUUGCUCUGCCCUCUGCAUGGAAGGUGCAUCAUUGCCCCGGUGCAAUGGCGAGAGCAGAGGACAUAUACAUAGGGGCUGUGGUUGCCACUCGCUGUGAAAAGACUCCUGGGAUUUUGGGGGCUAUGGAGACAAGUGUAGGAGAGACCAGACAAGCCUGACUAUUUCAGGGCACCAGUGCAGAGGCUGGACAAAGUCAGUACAAAGAAGAGGGCUUAAAAAUAGCUCACGCUGUUGUUGGUUCAGGAACAAAAGGGGAUAAAUUGGCUGUGAGCUGAAACUCAGGUACUGUGUUUAAGGCUGCCCCUCAGCCUGCUAGAGCAGAACUUCUGGCCCUGGGGCAGGGCUUGGAGAUGACUGGAGGCUGUGACUGAGGAGCCUCCUUGGUUUAGCUGUACUUUUUUUGCCCUGAUGCAUCAACAGCUGACACUCCUCUUUGCCUUGGGGCCACAAGGUGAAGCUGGGCUGUUAUAAGGAGGGCAGCCCCACAGAGGGGCUCAGGGAUAUUGCUUGGCUGAGGGUGGGAGAGCAACGCAGUAGCACCCCAAGCAUUUAUCCUGUUCCUGCAUUCUUCCCCAACUGCUUGCUUUUUCAGCUCCAGUCAGAGAUGGGGGCUAAGCAAACCUCUAGUCUUAGCCAGGGCUAAUGUUUUUGCAACUGUUCUCUCAGCCACUUCUCCUGAGUGAGCAGCUCCAUUAGGAAAACCAGACAGGGAAAGCAAGUCUUCAGCCUCGUUCUGGUUUUGUGCUAACUGAAAUCCUUUAAACCCUCAGCUCCCUUUCCCACCCCUACACCAAACAGUCCCCUAGGCCUUGCCAGACCAGUGCUUGGGGAAGCCCAGUGCUUGGGAGAAACCCACACUGCUCAUUCACACAGCACCUCAAGAAACAACAUAUAUAGGUCUCUGAUGGGAGACAGGGCUUCGUGUCUAAUCCUGGAAAGAAGCUUGCACAGCCUUUUCUGACACUUGGAGGAAGUUUCACUGAGACACUUAAAUAACCAUCAUGCUGCAGGGUCAGGACAGGUUUGAC